AUGCAGCGCGCGCUACCUAAUGCCCCAGACGGUUACACGCCUUCCACGGUAGAUUGCCCAGCAAGCCGUCCGACAGUGCGUAGUGCGACGGCGCUCUCGUCGAACGAGUCGUCAUGGCUGAGGACCCGACGCAACAAGACCCUGUCGGCGAUGAAGGACUUUUUUGGUCAUGUCAAUAUCACAGACUUUGAUGCGGUGGAAUACCUCGACCGUGUCUCUAGCAACAGCUCGGAUCUUCCUAACGUUGGAAUUGCCGUCUCUGGUGGAGGGUAUCGGGCGCUGAUGAACGGAGCUGGAGCGAUCAAGGCUUUCGAUAGCCGGACGGAAAAUUCUACCAACAGCGGCCAGCUGGGCGGCCUGCUGCAAUCGGCAACAUACCUGGCUGGCCUGAGUGGUGGUGGAUGGCUGGUGGGAUCUAUUUAUAUGAAUAACUUUUCCACCAUUUCUUCACUCCAAGCGCCCCAGGAAGGGGGUGUUUGGGAGUUCCAGAACUCUAUCUUCGAAGGUCCUGAGGGAGAUAGCAUUCAGAUCGUGGACUCUGCUAGCUACUACAAGGAUAUUUACGACGCUGUGUCCGGCAAGAAAGAUGCAGGGUAUCCGACGUCUAUUACCGAUUACUGGGGCCGUGCUCUUUCAUAUCAACUCAUCAACGCUACCGCAGGCGGUAUUGACUACACCUGGUCAUCCAUUGCGCAGACCGAUUCAUUCCAAGAGGCAGAUAUGCCGAUGCCUGUGUUGGUUGCAGAUGGUCGGUACCCAGAUGAGCUGCUAGUCAGCAGCAACGCUACGGUUUACGAGUUCAACCCCUGGGAAUUCGGCACCUUUGACCCGACGGUGUACGGAUUCGUCCCCCUCGAGUAUCUGGGAUCACGGUUUGUAGCCGGCACUCUUCCGAGCAACGAAAGUUGCGUUCGAGGCUUUGACAAUGCCGGGUUCGUCAUGGGGACUUCAUCUUCCUUAUUCAACCAGUUCCUCUUACAGAUCAACUCUACCAGUCUCCCCGACUUUCUCAAGUCUGCGUUCACUGAUAUCCUCGAAGAUAUUGGACAGGAUGACGAGGAUAUUGCAGUGUACGCGCCGAAUCCAUUCUACCUUUGGGCGAAUUCAACAUCACCAUCUGCUCGCGAAACCGAACUGGAUCUCGUGGACGGCGGAGAAGACCUCCAGAAUAUACCUCUUCACCCACUGAUCCAACCAGAGCGUCAUGUGGAUGUCAUCUUCGCGGUGGACUCCUCCGCCGACACCACCUACAAUUGGCCCAAUGGAACCGCGUUGGUUGCGACGUAUGAACGUAGCCAGAACUCAACCGGAAUCGCCAAUGGCACCGCCUUCCCUGCUAUUCCCGACCAGAAUACCUUUGUCAACGAAGGUCUCAACACGCGACCCACAUUUUUUGGGUGCGACGCGUCGAACACUACCGGAACAGCUCCCUUGAUCGUUUACAUCCCCAACUUCCCGUACGUGACCUACUCGAACAUGUCGACAUUCGAUCCCAGCUAUCCCGAGUCCGAAACAGAGAGCGUCAUCCUCAACGGAUACAAUGUCGCAACAAUGGGCAAUAGCAGUCGCGACGGUGACUGGUCGGCCUGUGUGGGAUGUGCCGUUCUCAGUCGGUCCUUCGAACGCACCAACACCAAUGUGCCGGAUAUCUGCACCCAGUGCUUCCAAAGAUACUGCUGGAAUGGCACGACCAAUAGCGCCACCCCAGAAACAUACGAGCCAACGACUGUAUACGACAAUGCGGGCUAUGGUGUCCUUCCCACUGUUUUGGCGAGUGUGCUUGCCGCAGGCAUGACUGUUACUGCACUCCUGUAA